AUGAAGGGGCCGCUAAAUGGAAUGCACAUUCUCAAGAUGCGCAAAAAAGACACUGUAAUCGGCUUGAUGACUGAUGACCAUAUUGCUGCAGAGAAUGUAGAGUGUCAUUCUCUUAGCCAGAAGGAAAAAGAGAAGUUGUUUGCUAUGGGAUUUAAACCGCAUGAGCAUAAGCAAAGCUUGCCACAGAAAGAUGAGAGCACAUGUGAGGAUGAUAAAGAUGCUGAGGGCGAUAAAGAUGCUGAGGAUGACAAAGAUGCGGUGGGUGAUAAAGAUGCUGAAGAUGACAAAGAUGCUGAGGGUGAUAACGAUGCUGAGGAUGACAAAGAUGCUGAGGGUGAUAACGAUGCUGAAGAUGAUAAAGAUGCUGAGGAUGAUAAAGAUGCUGAGGAUGUUAUGUGGAAAAGUCGAGACAAAUUUACCAACAACAAACAAAAGCAGAAGUUAAUUGCCAUGGGGUUCACGAUCGAGGAAUUGCCUAAAUUGUACUCUCCAGAUGUAAAGUUUUGGUAG